CCAGCCAGGAGGAGUAGAAGGCAGACCCCAGUAUCCAGAGCGCAGCGGCGAGCCCUCGGGCACCAGCCACAUGCCAGGAGGAGGGCCAGAGAUGGAUGACUACAUGGAGACGCUGAAGGACGAGGAGGAUGCCUUGUGGGAAAAUGUGGAGUGCAACCGGCACAUGCUGAGCCGCUACAUCAACCCCGCCAAGCUCACCCCCUACCUGCGCCAGUGUAAGGUCAUCGACGAGCAGGAUGAAGAUGAAGUGCUUAACGCUCCCAUGCUGCCCUCCAAGAUCAACCGGGCAGGUCGACUGUUGGACAUUCUACACACGAAGGGGCAGAGAGGUUAUGUGGUCUUCUUGGAGAGCCUGGAAUUUUACUACCCAGAACUGUACAAACUGGUGACAGGGAAGGAACCCACCCGGAGGUUCUCCACCAUUGUGGUGGAGGAGGGCCACGAGGGCCUCACUCACUUCCUGAUGAACGAGGUCAUCAAGCUGCAGCAGCAGAUGAAGGCCAAGGACCUGCAGCGGUGCGAGCUGCUGGCCAAGUCCCGACAACUGGAAGAUGAAAAGAAGCAGCUGACACUGACCAGGGUGGAGCUGCUGACCUUCCAAGAACGGUACUACAAGAUGAAGGAGGAACGGGACAGCUACAAUGACGAGCUGGUCAAGGUGAAGGAUGAUAACUACAAUCUGGCCAUGCGCUAUGCCCAGCUCAGUGAGGAGAAGAACAUGGCUGUCAUGAGGAGCCGGGACCUACAGCUCGAGAUUGAUCAGCUAAAGCACCGGUUGAAUAAGAUGGAAGAGGAGUGCAAGCUGGAGAGGAACCAGUCGCUGAAACUGAAGAAUGACAUCGAGAAUCGGCCCAAGAAGGAACAAGUUCUGGAACUGGAGCGGGAGAAUGAGAUGCUGAAGACCAAAAUCCAGGAGCUGCAGUCUAUCAUACAGGCCGGGAAGCGCAGCCUACCUGACUCGGACAAGGCCAUCCUGGACAUCCUGGAGCAUGACCGCAAGGAGGCCCUGGAGGACCGGCAGGAGCUCGUCAAUAAGAUCUACAACCUGCAGGAGGAGGUCCGCCAGGCGGAGGAGCUACGGGACAAGUACCUGGAGGAGAAGGAGGAUCUGGAGCUGAAGUGCUCGACCCUGGGGAAGGACUGUGAGAUGUACAAGCACCGCAUGAACACGGUCAUGCUGCAGCUGGACGAGGUGGAACGCGAGCGGGACCAGGCCUUCCACUCCCGAGACGAAGCGCAGACCCAGUACUCACAGUGCCUCAUAGAAAAGGACAAGUACCGUAAGCAGAUCCGCGAGCUGGAGGAGAAGAAUGAUGAGAUGCGGAUCGAGAUGGUGCGGCGGGAAGCCUGCAUCGUCAACCUGGAAAGCAAGCUCAGGCGCCUCUCCAGGGACAACGGCAGCCUGGACCAGAGUCUCCCCAGGAACCUGCCAGUGACCAUCAUCUCUCAGAAUUUCGGGGAUGCCAGCCCCAGGACCAAUGGUCGGGAAGCUGAUGAUUCAUCCACCUCAGAGGAGUCCCCGGAAGACAACAGAUACUUCCCACCCUACCACCCGCCCAAGCGCAGGAUGAAUCUGAAAGGCAUCCAGCUGCAGAGAGCCAAAUCCCCCAUCAGCCUGAAGCAAGCAUCAGGUUCUCAAGAAAGGGGCCAUGAGGAAGAAGGCACGGGCAGCAGCCCCAGCUCCUCCAGAUCCCUGCCCAUCACCAACUCAUUCUCCAAGAUGCAGCCACAUCGGAGCCGCUCCAGCAUUAUAUCCAUCAUGGCUGAGCCCCCAGGGAAUGACUCCAUCGUCAGACGCUACAAGGAAGAUGCCCCCCAUCGCAGCACAGUUGAAGAAGACAAUGAGAGUGGCGGAUUCGAUGCCUUAGACCUCGAUGAUGACAGCCACGAGCGCUACUCCUUUGGACCUCCGUCCAUCCACUCUUCCUCCUCCUCCCACCAGUCUGAGGGCCUGGACGCCUAUGACCUGGAGCAGGUCAACCUCAUGUUUAGGAAGUUCUCUCUAGAAAGACCCUUCCGCCCAUCUGUCACGUCCGUGGGGCACGUGCGGGGUCCCGGGCCCUUGGUGCAGCAUGUCAUACUGAGCGGCGACAGCCUCACCUCCCAGUUCAGCCUUCUGGGAGGCAACGCAAGCGGGAGUUUCAUCCACUCGGUCAAGCCGGGCUCGCUGGCCGAGAAGGCCGGCCUCCGGGAGGGCUACCAGCUGCUGCUGCUAGAAGGCUGCAUCAAAGGCGAGAGGCAGAGCGUCCCCUUGGAUGCGUGCACGAAAGAGGAGGCCCACUGGACCAUCCAGAGGUGCAGCGGCCCCAUCACACUGCACUACAAGGUCAAUCAUGAAGGGUACCAGAAGCUGCUGAAGGACAUGGAGGAGGGCCUGAUCACCUCGGGGGACUCCUUCUACAUCCGGCUCAAUCUGAACAUCUCCAGCCAGCUGGAUGCCUGCUCCAUGUCCCUGAAGUGUGACGAUGUCGUGCACGUACGAGACACCAUGUACCAGGACAGACAUGAGUGGCUGUGUGCGCGGGUCGACCCCUUCACAGACCACGACCUGGACAUGGGCACCAUACCCAGCUACAGCCGAGCCCAGCAGCUCCUGCUGAUCAAGCUGCAGCGCCUGAUGCACCGGGGCAGCCGGGAGGAGGCUGACACUGGCCACCACACCCUGCGGCCACUCCGGAACACGCUGCAGCCCGAAGAGCCACUUUCCACCAGUGACCCUCGGGUCAGUCCCCGCCUCUCUCGAGCAAGUUUCCUCUUUGGCCAGCUCCUGCAGUUCGUCAGCAGGUCUGAGAACAAGUACAAGCGGAUGAACAGCAGCGAGCGUGUCCGCAUCGUCUCGGGGAGUCCGCUGGGGAGCCUGGGCCGGUCCUCGAUGGAUGUCACGAAGCUCCUGACUGAGAAGCAGGAAGACAUGCUGGACCCUGACAGUGAGCUCGGCAAGAACCUCAGCCUGAUCCCCUACAGCCUGGUGCGUUCCUUCUCCUGCCAGCGCCGCCGGCCCGUUCUCUUCACACCUACCAUGCUGGCUAAGACGCUGGUCCAGAAGCUGCUCAACUCAGGGGGUGCCAUGGAGUUCACCAUGUGUAAGCCAGAUGUUGUCACGAGAGACGAGUUCCUCAGAAAGCAGAAGAUGGAGGUCAUCAUCUACUCCCGAGAGAAGAACCCCAAUACCUUUGAAUGCAUCGUUCCCGCCAACAUCGAAGCUGUGGCGGCCAAGAACAAGCACUGUCUGCUGGAGGCGGGGAUCAGCUGCACGAGAGACUUGAUCAAGUCCAGGAUAUACCCCAUUGUGCUCUUCAUCCGGGUAUCAGAGAAGAACAUCAAGAGGUUCAGGAAGAUGCUGCCUCGGCCUGAGACAGAGGAGGAAUUCCUGCGGCUGUGUCGGCUAAAGGAGAAGGAGCUGGAGGCCCUGCCAUGCCUGUACGCCACGGUGGAGGCCGACAUGUGGAGCAGCGUGGAAGAGCUGCUCCGAGUCAUCAAGGACAAGAUCGCAGAGGAGCAGCGCAAGACCGUCUGGGUGGAUGAGGACCAGCUGUGA